AUGACCUCCGGACUGUAUCCAGGCCAUCUCCUGGUGCUGCUCUGUCUCCUCCACGGCUCUGAGGAGACCUGUCCCUCCAUGUGCCUCUGUGUAUCUGACACAGUUAGCUGUAGCUCCAGUGGUCUGACCAAGCUACCUCAGUCCCUGCCAUCCUUCUCCGUCACCCUCGACCUCAGCCACAACUACAUAUCCUGGCUGGGUCCGGGCAGUUUCAAAAAGAUGCCCAGAUUGGAAAACCUCCGGAUGUCCAACAACCAGCUCGUCUCCCUAGACCACGGGGUGUUUAGCAACGCCUCCAGCCUCAGGCACCUUGACCUGUCCUCCAACAAGCUGCAGGUGGUGGAGCAACACUACUUUGAGGGGCUGUGGAGGCUUGAGGAGCUCCUUCUCUUCAAUAAUAAGAUCGCACAUGUGGAGGCCGGCACACUGAGCGGCCUGAGCAGCUUAAAAAAGGUCUACUUCAGCCUCAACCAGAUCACACACUUCCCUUUCUUCUCCAUCCAAGACCAUAGUCACCCUUUCCUGAGCAUGCUGGACCUCUCGUCCAACCGUUUGAGUCGUAUGCGAUGGGAGGAUGUGAAAGCUUUGCCCAGGCUGGUGCAGCAGGGGCUGUACCUGCACAACAACUCUCUGAUCUGUGACUGCUCCAUGUACAGUGUAUUCUGGCAUUGGGAUCUGAGGGGUUAUGACUCACUCAAGGACUUUACGGAGGAGCACACUUGCUCCAUCUACGGGAACACACGAGAGUCCAUCCUGUUCCUGCAAAACUCCCGCUUCUUCCGCAACUGCACAGUGGAAAAACCCGUCUCACUGCCAGUGAUUGUGCUCUUCUCCAACGUGUUGGUCACAGAGGGAGAAAAAGUGCGUCUAGACUGCCAGACGUCCCUGAGUAGCGCAGACCUCUCAUUUACAUGGGUCUCCCCCAGCAAGGGGAACAUCACCCAGAUGAGCAUAAAUGACACUCUAAUUAGCCUGUUUCCCAAUGGCACCUUGGAGAUCCAAGCAACCAAGGUCAAUGACUCAGGUUUGUACGUGUGCACAGCCGUGGAUAUUAAACAGUCACUGAAUGCGACCCGGGAGGUGAAUGUGACGGUGCUGCUGCCUUCAGCAGAUUCAUUCAACACCGGCUACACAACGUUGCUGGGCUGUGUGGUGACCAGUAUCUGCAUCUUCAUAUAUCUCUUCCUGACUCCGUGUCGCUGCAGCUACUGUAAACAGCCCAAAUCUCCAGCUACCCCGAGUGCGACCUACGACCCCAGCACCCUAACUUCUGUGUUCUCCCUCUCCACAAGAGACCGACACAAAAUCCAAACUAACAAGCGUGUAGCAUUCAUGGAGCCAACGUUAAGUGAAGAAGGAACAGAAUGGACACCUGAAAGUUGA